AUGUUCAAAUGCCAGAAAAAGUGCAGUAACGGCAGCAUCUGUAAUGGGGACCUGGCGGAAGGAUUCAAGUACUGUCCCUCCUGUGGCACACCUGUGUCAGAAAGAAGUCUGGAAUCCGACAAAUUGGAGGAAAGGAGUACCUCCAACGAAACAGACAAGUCCGUUCCUGAGUGCCUGAAAACAGACAUGAAAAAGCACGAAGAUCCUGGUGGUGGCAAAGACAGUGAGACGUCAUCAAAAGCGAACAAUGAUUGCUCAACUGAGGCGACAGUUGAAAAAGCAUCAAGUAGUUUUGCUGAGAGGCAAAAUGAACCAACUGGAAUGAUAAAUACGGAUAAUAAAAAAACAAAGGAAGAAAUUACUACAGAAGUCUCUCAAAAUAUGAUGAGAGAUGAGACAAAGACAGAGAAAGACCCCAAAAAAGAAUUGAAAGUGGUUCAGGACAUCGAGAAAAAUAGCAGCGGAUCAAUGCAGGACGAAGGACAAAAUUCAAAGACUGAGAAAAAAGAUCAAAAUGAUAGAGAAGAAAGACAAAACCUUGUAACUAUGAAAGAAUCUGAAGUCAUGGCAGACACUGGUCAGGAAAAAUCAACAGAACAGAGUAAGCCCCAAGAUAUUCCUAUCCAAGAUAGUGACUUUGAAUGUUCUAAAGAAGAAGAAAAAGUAAAAGAAUCACAAGAAACAACAGAGAGAGGGAACAAAACAUCAACUGUUGAUGAGGACUCAGCUGGUAACAUUUUGAAUUCGAUCUCAUCAGGACAAACAACUGAGGAGGAAGAGAAAUGGAAAAUUAUUGAUGAGAAAGAAGGUGAAGUGGACCAAGACAGUAAGCCAAGGAACACACACUCGGAGAGUACCAGUGGCCCGUUUGACCAGGAUAAGAUUAGAACUGACAAAGUCAACAAUAACAUCACUGGAAAAGAAGAGAAAGAAAAGGUUCAAGAGACAAAACAGACGGAAAACACAGAAAAGCUCGCCAAAAUGGAGAAAGAAUCCGAAAACCAACAAAAGAAAUCUGGAGACAGUCAGUCUUCUAAACGAAUUGAAAAAGGCCAACCAGAAGUUGUUAAAAAGAAGGUGGUGAGAGUGAUAUUUCAUGCGUUCUUGGCACCAAAUGUUAAGAUGAAUAUUCAAAAAGACAAGAUCUUCGUUGUAUUUGGUCCUCCAUAUAGUGACUGGGAGACAGAAAAAGGAGCAGUUUUAUAUACAACAGAAAACCAGUUGAAAAAUUAUCCCACACGUCUUAAGGCAAUGGCUAUAAUAGAAAAAGAUUUACUGAAAGAACCAUUGCGCUACUUGUACAUGUUCCAACGCCAACGACAAAACGAUCAAAAAAUCGAUUCAGAGCGAGAGUUUUACCUUCAUACUUAUGGACCUUAUAAAUAUGGAUACCGUGAGCUGGUCGUCCCAUCGGUCGUAGAAGGCGAAUGGAAUCAGUAUGAUGGGUGUAUUUAUGCCGCCAGAAAGGGGUUAUUUUUCAAUAUCAAAGAAAAGAUAACUGGAAAAUUUCUGGAAAUAAUGUUGAACGACGGCAAACACAUUUUGCAACGUUAUUUGCCGAAUGUUGGAGAAUUUCUUAAAGAAAGAAAGAAGCUACAUGAAUUGGAAGAUAUCUUUAAAAAUGUUAAGCAGGGUGGCAUAAAAGACCAAUUUUUGAAAAAUCAGAAAGCACCAGACACUUAUCUUUUCAAACAGCAAUUAUGGAACCAUCUCAAUAUUGCUGUUGAGGUGCUGGAGGAUACAAAAAGAAAGGACAUUGGCCUGUCACUUUUAACAUCCAUUGUGGUCAUAGAACUCAUCAAAGAUUUGGAAAUUCCUUUUGAAAUGAUAGAUGGCCUCCAUGUAAAGUCCCUACAAAAAUGUUUAGUGCUGAGACCUGAUACUGACCAUCAAGCUUGCGACCAAUUAGAUUACCUUGCAAAACAAUUGUCAAAACAUGCAAAGGAGAAGGCAAAAUCUUCCAUUGUGACCUUUUUGAAAAGCACAACUAUUAGUGGAAGUUAUGUUGAUCCCACCUGGUUAGCGUGCAUGCCAUUAGUUCACUUCCUAGAGGGCAACUUACAACCAUUCGUUCCAUUAGAUCUUAGCAAAUUUGAAAUUAUUGAAACAAAGAAAGAGAGAUGGUGGUGCUUUGCAGAAUUCAGUAAGGAAAAAGAAGAAAUGAAACGGAGUCGUUGGACUAUUUCUUGUGAAGAGUUUGUCGCAACACAUAGACCUCUAUUCCAACUGGACGCCACCUUACAGAAGACAUUCAUGGCUUCCCUAGACAUAUCUCAUGUUCCCAAAGUAAUACCAAUACUUGAGAUCCAGCUUGAAAUUAAAUUGGCAACGAUUGAACAUUACUUUGAAAAUUCUUCUCAGACGCAUGUUCUUCAAGAAUGUGUGGGCAAUGUGUAUGUGAUCUUACUGAAGAAAUUGUCCUCUCUUACAACAGAUACAGUACAAAGUCCAUGGGCUGAAGUUGACGUAAAACAUAAAAUACAUCACAGUCUGUUGAAUGCUAUUUUGAAUCAUGCACUACAAAGAAUGCGACAAGACUGGAAACUGGUUUUGACCUGUUUCCACUGUUCACUGCUGUCUAUAGCCAUUUUGGACAAGAUAACCGUGGUGUGUGAAGAAAUGGAAUCUCUACCAAUUUUGAUAACAACUCUGCUUGGCGAUUUUUUGGGAAGUCAAGGUGCAGAUCUUCAGAUCGGAGAGUUUGCUUUGUCAAUAAACGCUGAUUAUCCUCUUGAUAAUCUUCCUGGGAAUUUUGAAAGAACGAUUUUAUCGGCUGUAGAGAAAUUUUUAAGCAAUAGCGGUACAAAGGAAGUGGUGGAUUUGUAUCUUCAUGGCAUGCACAGAAUACAGUCAGAAAGGUUGAGGUCACUAGUGGAACGAAAGACAUUCUCAUCAUUUGAAGAGAUUUUAAAGGACCGGACAUACUUUGGUUUAUUCCAAUUUACAGAAGAUCUGGUAAGGAAAAAUGUUUAUAUUGUGCCUCUGCUAUCAAAAUUCUUCCAAAGAGUGUGGACAGUUGAUUUAAAUGCCUCAUCGAGAGCCUACCUAGAGCAAAUUUUAACUUGCAACUGUUACCCACAGUAUGUUGAAAGCUAUUACCAAAAGGGAUCACUUUUCAAUUACAUGGAUGGUAAAUCAGUAGAGAAACUUGAGAGAUCACUAGGUAUUUUUCAAGACUUCAUUAUAGUGUUAGAGAACAACACAAUUGUGAUACAGGACCUGAUACUUGGACUAAAACAUUCAGAGAAUCUGAGGAAUAUUGCAGAAAAAUUAGAAACAAUCCCAGAUUUCAAUUUGCCAUUUACACCUGAUUCUUUGUCCAUACUUCUUGAAUGCAGGGAGAAAGACAUGAAAACCCUAAAUGACGAAAUAAAAAUUGUUGAGGGUUUACAGAUGAUUUUAAAGAUGUUGCGACACUAUAAAUCAGGUUUACCGAACGGUUACGAAAACAUUCGUCAAAACUGGAAAAAGAUGAAAUUAGAAGAUAUAUGCGUAAUUCCAAAACAGAUGUCAGAUUUUACGAUGUAUACCCCAAGGUUGAAAGUAUUUACUGAAAUCCUGGAAGAACCUGUAAAAUCUUUUGUAAAAUGCAUUUCAUUUUACAAACAAAGCAAAACAUUUGAAACUGUUCUUAAAUCAGUUUCUAAGAAGAAGACAGUAGGGGAUAUGAGAAAGUAUGAUUUUUUUGAGCUAUUUGAGGAGGUUUUGAAUCCUGCAAAAGAUAUGUGGGAGGAAUACUGUACCAGCCUGGAAAAUGGAACAAUAACCAUCAGGGACAUCGAGACAUUACAGCUACACAAAGUAGAUGAUGACAGUCUGCAGAGAGAAUUUACAGCCAUGAACAGAGGUUCAAAAAAGCCCUGGAUACAAAAUCGCAUAGCCGAAUUCCGACUAUAUAAAGGCUUCUCACGGUCUGUUGAGACUGCAGGAUUGCUGAAAGAAAUACAAAUCUCAAACAAUAUUAAGGGGAAUUUUGACUCCGUGGAAUUAAUUGAACGAUCUGACAGAGACAAAGAUAUUUCCCUGAAAAAGAUGGCUAGUGAGAUUCAUUCUUUUAAUCAAAAGUUGGAAAAAGUUGAUGAAAAGAAAAAGGAAUGUCUGAAAGCAUUUUGCAAAUCAAAUGCUUUAGUAAAAUGGCUUCGAGAUUCUUUGAAAGGCGGGGUGAAAGAUUUGAAAAUAUACGCAGACUUGGCUUUUAUGUCUGUGGAAGAAGAUGACCUUAUUGCACAUAUAACCGAUUUGCAUACAGCAGCCAUUGGAUAUGCACCCUUAAUUUUCUAUACUGAAAACAUACAAGGAGAAGAUGCUUUGAUUCAAAGAUGUGAGGAAGUUUGGACUAGUCUUGAAAAGGAUGUGGAUUUACCUCGAAAACUGGUCGAAUCAAAUCGGUUACUACAAUGGUUCGUUGAAAUCAAAGAGGCCCAUGGCUCCGUUGAAGUGACGUCACUGAAACAGGUUGAUGCUAUAAAACAGCGUGGGAUUUUCAGAGUUGGAACUUGUGAAGGGAAACAUGACAUUCAGCUGAGCUUACAGGAUGUUGUUUGUCUUCGCGUACCUAGAGUUGUCCAAACAGAUGAACAUUUUCAGGAAACAUUAUUUAAAGAUCUUGCCCCGACAUAUGAGGAGAGUCCUGAAGAUUUGGAAGAAACUAUAUGCUCUCAAUCAAAACACAUGGAAAGCAAACGUGCAGAUCCCAUCACAGAAGGUCGAGAAUACUCCUAUAGUGAUAUGAUGGAUUUGCAGAGUCGUCUCAUGUUGGUCUCUGGAAAAACUGAUGCCGGCAGGGAAAAUAUAGAAAAAUUUACAGCUAUUUUUGACAACGUAACGAGACUUGGAAGAAUUUUUAUCAAACUUUACUCAUCAGGAUGCGUGUUAUUUAAACAAUGGUAUUUUGAGUUUCUCUGCAACAAAUCGGUUGAGAACUGUGCUUUUGUAAAGUUUGGUCAGCAGCAAGAGUCAACUUUAAAGGGAACUAAUACGAAAAGCAGAAAUGAACAUUUAUCACAAGAUGAUGUCGUAAAUGACUAUAUGCAAAAGAUAGCGGAUUUCUUAGAAAAUUGCUAUGAACAAUGGAUGGGGCAUGUUAGAGAAACUAGGGAUAGAUAUUAUCCGUUAAAUUUCUUCACAGUUGCUCAAAUGAUCAUUUUACAGGAAGAAUUAGCAAAGUACAGACAUGGAAGUCAUGAUUCAAAGCAUUUGCUUGCUCUCCUUUCAUAUGUCAAGUCAGAUUGUUCACUGGAGGAUUUAGAGUUUGCAUUCAAGAGCUUGGACGAACAAUUGACAAGACAGCAGGACAAAGAUGUCAUCGGUGAAUCCUCAGCAUCCCAAGAAAACAAGGCAAUUCAAGAUUUUCUCAAAGCAGCCGUCGAUGCCGGCAUAUCGAAAAGAAGAGCAAUGCAAUGCAUACAGUCUAAUGCCUUUGACCCUCAAGAUUUUGAAAGUAGCCUUAUCUGGUGCUAUGAAGAGGAUGAGAAAGAGGAGGAAAACAUAGUUGAUUCUGUAAAUGAAAUAUCUAAUCCAGAAUUCUCUAGGGACCCUAAUACUGUGUCACUUAAAGAUUUUGACAGACAAAUUGAGGAUCUUCUGAGACAAGAAGCUGUUGAAAGCAUUGAAAAGAGGUUAAGAGAAAUUUGGGACAAAUAUUUGAAAUUUACAUCUCUGAGCAUGAACGACUUUUUGAGUGUGGAGCAUUUAGGGUUUAUACUCCAGCAUAUUUAUGACACAAACACUAAAGUGUGUAGUCGUCCAUUGCCAGCUCCACUGAAACCUGGAAAACCUAAUCUUAUUGUGUGUUCUCAGGAGGAAGUAUUACCAAUGCUAUUGACGCUGUUUAUGAAUGAUCAAACGUUGCCACUACCAAGUAGAAAUGAGGCCUUGCUGUGUACAGAAUUGACAACAACGGAAGAGGUAAUUAUGUUCUUUCGAAGAGCAUUGAGACAGGAAGAACACGACAAAAAUCGUCUCAUUUUCUGUCUGGUGAAUGCAGACUUAAUUCGAUAUGAUGUCUGUGAGGAAUCACUGAGAGAAUUCAAGGAAGAAAUGAGAGCUGCAAGAACAGAGUACAGUCUUGUGGUCAUUUGCAGCAGUGAAAACGAGUACCAGUCACCAAUAAUCGCCGCCCUCGACAAAUUUCGUACACCAAAAAUGACAGUCUCUGCAGAGGAGAAAAUUCAACAUUAUUUGAGGAAUAAAUUUUGUACACGUGGAAAGGUUGAAAGCGAUGCUGCAUCUAUUGUUGAUGAAUCAGGAUUAUGCGUUCGUGUUGUGAAAUCAGACAGAGCUGGAUUGGGAAAAACACUCCACAAAAAUCGUCUGGUUGAGCAGUUGAGGAUACAUUAUCCAAGUGCCGAUGAGGAGGAAUUCCCACUUACGUAUUCAAUCCCUCUCAGCCAAAAGGAUCAUGAUUUUACUGAAGUAUCAAGAAUUCGAAAGUUCAUGGAUUACACACUGUCACCUGACAUUAUCUAUCCCAGAAUUUUCCAUAUAGAUGUAGCCUCUGGGAUCGAUGAAGGAGUAGCAUCUUUACUAUUCAAUCUGAUAAUUUUGGGAUCUGUUGUCGAUGACAGAGGAUAUGCGUUUCAACGAUCAAUGACAGAUUUGUACUUGAUUGAAAUAACUGUCAGUGAUAAAAGUCACUAUUCACGACGAUCAGUUUCUGGUAUCCAACUGAUAGACCUGCUGCCUUGUGUACGAUGCCUCUCCCCACAAGAAGAAUUGAAAGGCACGAUGAGAGAAAUGGAGAAUGGUGACAUGGUGCUUGGAUUCGAUAACCAGAUGUUUCAAUCGGAGGUCUUUCAAAGACCUUUUCAAUAUCUUCAAAGCCUCGAGUCAAACAAAAAGAUUAUACCAAUUUUCAACCGCUUUUCCCGAAUCGGAAAUAAGCGUGAAUGCUUACAAACUCUCUUACGACACUGCUGUGUGGAAGAUCCUUCGUGGUCUGAGCUGAGAAAUUUUGUCCACUUUUUGAAUACACAGUUAGGAGAUUUUGAAAAGUCGGUUUUUUGUGGCUCUGAAAUGGCUGCUGAUUUACCAGGGUUUGCAAAAUUUGUUUUGCGAUUUUUAAUUCAGAUGUCAAAGGAUUUUUCAACAAGAUCACUGAUGAUGACUGAUGACGACGAAAAAAUUGAACCGAAAAUUUACCAAGGUGAAGUCGAGAACGAAAACGAAGAAACAAAUGAUGAGGAAGAUAUCAUUGACUUAUCACAGUUUCAAAUAAGACGUCGCUGGGAAUCGAGUGCUCAUCCAUAUUUGUUUUUCAACCCUGAUCAUCACACUAUGACGUUUCUUGGGUUCAAUAUCAGCAAGAUGAACAGAAAUCUAGUCGAUAACCAGACAGGUCAAAUUCUAGAAAGAAACAUAAUGACACCGCAUCUUUGGGAUGCCCUGAUCGGUAACCGUGUUCCACUUCAAGAGAAUUUUGAAGACCUAAAUAGGUAUGAAAAGCUAGAAAGACUCUGCAGGGUUAUCGGAAAUGAGUUUCCUCACGAUCCAGAUGAAACAUAUGAACUGACAACAGACAAUGUAAAAAAGAUGAUGGCAAUAUAUAUGCGAUUCAGAUGUAACAUUCCAGUCAUUGUUAUGGGUGAAACAGGAUGUGGAAAAACACGCUUAAUUAAGUUCCUUUGCGCUCUACAGUGCCCCCCAGGCGCUGAGAUUAAAACCAUGGCAGUGAUGAAGGUACAUGGCGGUACAACGAAGAAACACAUAGUUGAGAAAGUGAAAAAAGCUGAAGAAACAGCAAAAGAAAACUGCAAGUCCAAUGGGAGUCACAUAUUUACAGUUUUGUUCUUUGAUGAAGCGAACACUACCGAAGCCAUUGGCAGUAUCAAAGAAAUUAUGUGUGAUGGAACGAUUGACGGAAGACCAAUUAAUCUGAAUGAGAAUCUUAAACUAGUUGCUGCAUGCAAUCCUUACAGAAAACACCCAGAAGAGAUGAUUGCAAGGCUAGAAAAAGCGGGAUUAGGUUAUCAUGUCAACGUAGAGGAAACAACUGAUAGACUCGGUCGCAUACCAAUGAGACACCUUGUGUACAGAGUCCAGCCUCUUCCUCAAAGCAUGAUCCCAUUAGUAUGGGACUUUGGACAGUUAGACUCUACUGUAGAAAGACUCUACAUUAUACAAAUGUUGAACCGAUAUAUGCAAAAUGGUACGAUUCCUAGAACAAAUGCAGGGAGCAAAAUAAUUCUUGCAGAUAUUUUAACGGCAUCUCAGGAUUACAUGCGGGAUUUACAGGAUGAGUGCAGUUUUGUGAGCCUUAGAGAUGUCGAAAGAACUUUGAAAGUAUUUGGCUGGUUUUAUAACCAAACGAAUCUUUUUGAAGAAAUGGAUCAAAUCAUUGACAAUUUUUCUGAUUCGGACACAGAAUCAUCAGAAGAUGAAGAGGUUUUUCCUACAUUUGUAAACAGGGACGAUGCCAGGAUUAUAAGAUCAGUAAUACUUGCCCUUGGAGUGUGCUAUCACGCAUCUUUGAAGAAUCGGGAAGAGUACAGAAAUUACAUUGCUGGAUAUUUUAGACAUCCAUUGAAUCUUCAAAGGGGUGGAAGACAGAUAGAAAGAGAAAUAAAAAAAUGUCAAAGAAUAUUCCUCGAGAAAGUGAACUUGAAUGAAAACAUUGCUAAAAAUAUGGCACUCCGAGAGAAUUUUUUCAUGAUGGUUGUGUGCGUUGAACUUGGCAUACCUUUAUUUCUUGUUGGAAAGCCAGGAAGCUCAAAGUCUCUCUCAAAGUCUAUACUAGAUCAAAACAUGCAAGGAAGAGAAUCCCAUUCGGAUCUAUUCAAAAAUUUCAAACAGGUUCAAAUCAUCUCCUUCCAAUGUAGCCCUUUGGCAACUGCUGAAGGCAUCCUAAAGACAUUUCAACAAGCUAGUAAGCUGCAGGAGAACAAAGACCUACGCAGAUUUGCCUCUGUUGUCGUUCUAGAUGAAGUGGGUUUAGCAGAAGAUUCUCCGAGAAUGCCUCUCAAAGCACUUCAUCCGCUGUUGGAGGAUGGAUGUCCAGACGAUGAGGAGUAUCAAGAACACAAAAAAGUUGCAUUCAUUGGGAUAUCCAAUUGGGCCCUUGAUCCAGCCAAAAUGAACAGAGGGAUUUUAGUACAAAGGGAAGUUCCAGAUGAAGAGGAACUAAUUGCAAGUGCAAGAGGAAUUUGCUCUACAAACGAGGAAGUACGGGAAUUAUUGGAGGGUAUCAUUCCUAAAUUGGCAAAGGGUUAUCUCCAAGUUUUCCAGAAAACAAUAACUACCGGUGAAUUAUUUGGUACAACUUCCAGAGACCAUUUAAAAGCAAGGGAAUUUUUUGGAUUACGCGACUUUUACAGCUUAGUAAAAAUGAUGUUUGCCAUCGCUUCCCGGUCGAUGGAAAUUCCAACACCAAAGGACAUUGCCUAUGUUAUAAGAAGAAAUUUUGGAGGGCUACAAGGCCUCGAUCCAGUUGCGGAGUUUUCAGAAUGUGUUGAUGAGCUGCAAGAAUUUCAGAAUGAAGAUGAUGGUUUUGCAGCUGAUGUAGCUUUGGUACGAAAAUGUCUAAAACACGGAAAUGAGGACAGUGAGUCACGUUAUGUUCUGCUGCUGACGGAAAAUUACAGUGCCCUUACCUUGCUUCAGCAGUUACUUACAAACGAUGAAAAUACACAAAUAUUGUUUGGCUCUAGCUUUCCAAAGGACCAGGAGUACAUCGAGAUUUGUCGGAAUAUAAAUAGAAUCAAAGUCUUCAUGGAGACCGGGAAGACAGUGGUUCUGUUGAAUUUGGAAAAUCUUUAUGAAAGCUUGUAUGAUGCAUUAAAUCAGUAUUACAUGGAAAGUGGCUCCGAAAGGUUUAUUGACUUAGGACUUGGAACUCACAGAGUCAAGUGUAAGGUGGAUAGGAACUUUAGACUUAUAGUUGUGGCAGAGAAAAGAGUUGUGUAUAAGGAAUUCCCCAUACCACUGAUAAAUCGUUUGGAAAAACACUUUCUCACCAUGGAAGGACUUUUAACAAAUGCUCAAUUGCGACUUUCAAAAGAACUUUCUCUCUGGGUGGAAGAAUUUUCUGCAUGUUCCAGACAAAGUAUUGGUCCAGAGGAAGUAUUCAUCGGUUACAAUCAAGACACAUGCCCUGGAAUCAUUCUUCAAUCAUGGGAUCUUUGCGCAAAAAAACAUGCCAAUGAAGACGACGAUUUUAUGGAGGAGGUGCUCCAAACAGCAAAAUAUUUUUUGCUCUGGAGUUGUACGCCAGACGCCCUUUUCCGUCUUCAACUCAGUAGUCUGAGCAUGUUUAGAGAGGAAUAUAUUCACGUUUACUUUGAUCAACAAUGCCAUGAUAGUCUGUGUUCUUUUUUACAUCAUUGUAUUGAUGAAGAAACAUUCAAAGGCCAUUUCAUCCAGGUCACUACUCAUUCCAAGUUGCUCUCAAUGGAGGACAAACAGGACAUAGAAAACAAUAUUCCAAUGUUAAAAGGGAAAAUAGCUUUGCUGUCUUUGCAAGCUUUUGGAACAGAACAACAAUUUUCUCGACAAAUCAGAGAGAUUGCUCAUGAACAAUUUGAACUCCUCAUUAUUCAAUGUGACACGGGUGAUGAGAAUUCUAAUCUGGUGUCAUGUGCACGACAUUGUGUUCAAAGGGAAAUGAACAGCUCUCGAGAAACUUGCAUUAUAUUCCUUGUCCAUCUUUCUCGAGUGUGUAAAGUGUAUUUUACAGGUUUUCAGACUGGAUUAUGGAGUUCUGUCCACAUCGAUGACCUGCGUUUAUCAACAUUGCCGAGUGCACAAAAGCUAUUAGGAAUGACUCUUUCAGAAUUAUUAAAUGAAAGUCUUAAAAUACAUUCAGAUGGUGGAAAAAAGGAGUAUAAAGUAGACAUGCGGAAACUUUUUCUCGACUGUCUUCAUCCGGCAUUAGCAUCCAUCUCGGACAUGUCAGAAUCUGGUGAAACAUCUAUUGACAGAGUAAAAACCGUAUUUGCCUUACUGGAAAAAGAACAGGAUUUAACACAGGGACAAUUUGGAUAUGGCAUUAUGCAGCAUCUAGUGAAAAUAUUAUCUUUUGAGGAGGAAGACGUGUCUAUGUAUGAUCAUUCUACCUUAAUUCAAAGAGCUGCAACCAUAGGAAACAUAACCAAAUGUGGUACUUUAAGGUCAAGUUGCAGCAAAAGCAUAGAGGGAAAAGUAGUACCGCUUUUAGCCAAGAUUAUCUGUUUUAUGGACACGAACAACAACCUGCAAAUUUUAGACAAUGCCUGUGAGUGUAGCUGGAUGUACAUAGUUUGGAUGAGAUUGCUGUUUGCAGUUGAUGCAAAGAUUCUAAACAAACAAAGGGAACUUGUUACUCAGUCCACAGGAAAGAACAUUGGAUUCAAGUCAAUUUUUCCAUUUUCGUGGUUGCUCUUUGAAAACGUAGAGAAGAUUCUGCAAAGUUGCUCUGAGAGUAAAAUAGGGAAUUCACCUGAGGAAUUAUUCAUUCAGUCACCUAUGGCUUUGAUCAUCAAUGAAGUUAUUAGGGGAAAAGAUACGCUUCACGCAAUGCAAUUAUACAUAUCCGAUUUUGUCAAUAUGAAGUGCAAAACUUUUUCAAACAGAGAGAAGCAGCUGAUUUGUGAGUCCCUAAUUGCUAACAUGGAACAGAGAUCAAAGGGAAUUCCAGAAUUAUUGUCAGACUGUCUAGUGUGCAUACAUAGCGUUUUUAGAGGAAUGGAAUAUUCUGUGAAGACCUUUUGUGACAUUGCAUCUCUAAACGAACAUCUACAGGAUGAAAAAUUCUUUGAAAAUGUCAAUAACAGUUAUCAGAUGCUUGACAUAGGAUCUGUGAAAUACCUUUUGGAAAAACUUAAUCCCAUAGAUGCAAUAGAAACACAUGAAGGGCAGAUAAUUUGGAUGCAGCAGUUUCAGAUCUACAAACCUUUUAUUGAAAGAAUUUUACAUCAAACAACUGAAAACCUACAAACAGGCAAUCCUAGACGUCGAUUUAUUGAACAAAUGAGGUCAACAUGGACAAAAAUCACAGCAUUGAAAUUAUACAUAGAAAAUAUAGCAGGAGACGAGAGAAAAGAUAAAUUGAUCAACCAAGACUGUAAAUUUCUUUGGAAGUUUCUUGGAGAAAAUGCAAACUUCAAAACAAUUGAAACAUUAGAAAAAUUUGAAAAAUUUCUGAAGGCUUCCAACAAAAAAGCUAUGAAGGACUUUUUGGACAAAUUUGGUAAAUGUCAUCAUUGCAAAAUACCCUUAAAUUUAUCACCUCCAGUUAUCCUUCCAUGUGGUCACAAAAUAUGCAGAGAAAAUUGUCAGUAUAUGAUAAUUACUGAAGAAGAUGUGAAAAAGUGUCCAGAGUGUUUGAUGGAAAUUGAAAAUGAUGCAGAAUAUGACAUGAAUGAUGAAGAAAGUGAAGAGAUGAAGCCAUUUUGGGACUACCAGAAAAAGAGUAAUAGGUUUUAUAUGCAAAUUGUAUCCCAACUAUGCUUCGAAAACUCUUCAGCCCCAAGUGAAGAAGUUUGCAAAAGGCUUCUGCAGCUUGUCGUUUUUAAAAAGAAACUCCCUGAGCUUAACAUGACCAUUAUCAGGACCAGAGAUAUAGGCGUAUUUGAGACCAUAGUGGACACAACUCCGGUUUUCAGAUCUUUUCUGUUGCAAUUACUGAUAAGAAGCAAUGAAAAUACUGUUUUGCAACUUUUCAUGAAAGAAACUGUUGAGAUCUUGGAUGAAGACAUUCAUGGGUCACACAUGAAAGACAUAUGCUUAAUGCUGAUACAAUGUAUUGAGGACUCGUUGAUGGAAGAAUCACUAUCUCACAGUUUCCAAUCUGAAAUGGAGAAAGAAAUUUGUUUCGCUAAGGAAUCAAUGUUGUUAGCAAAGGAACAGUUGCAAGCAGAAGGAACGACGGUUGACAAAAUUAAAUCAAUUGCAAGAGCUCGUUUUGGUCUUCAAGUGACAGCAAAAUAUUUGUACAGUCGGUUAAAUACAACAUGGGAGUUUACAGAAUCUGAACUGGCUAUGUGUACUGACUUAUUCCAAACUUCUGCCAGUUUGUGCGACUCACCUUUGGAGCAUAUCAGAAUGUAUUUGCUAAAGCACGUCUGCAGACGCUACGGUUUGGAGUUCUACAGAAAUAUACAAUCCUCAGCUGAAUCUUGGGUACUGCCAUCUGAGGAUGGGGAUAAUACAGAAAAACAAAGUGCAGAUCAGCAUUGUCCAGAUUACUGCCUCGUACUUGGAGAACAAUACAGAAAAAUUAAAGAGAAGAUAAGUGAAAUUCUGGUACCCACAGACAUGUCAAGGAAAUUAAAGCUCAAAGACAAAUCCCGAACAGUUCAAGUAUUUUUCCUUCUGGGACUCUGUAAAGAAUUGAAAUCCCGAUCAUUGUUUCAAGAAGAAAAUAUUCAAACUAAAGAACAGUUAAAAUGUAAAGUGCAGAAAUUAUUGAAAAACCAGAAACUUCAAAUUGUGAUGGAUUAUCUGGAGGAAUUAUUUGACGAUUCAGUUGGAAGAUCGUGUGAUCAGCUAAACCUCAGGCUCUGUGAUAAUAUGCAUGAUGAAAGCAUUAUAUUUCUCAUCUUCCAUUUGAUGUUCGUUUUGAAAGUGACUGGAAAUAAAGGACCUUUGCAACCACUACAGGCCCUAGCAUUUGAACCAAAUAUCUUGGAGGGUGCCUUCUUACCAACGAUGUCUGAGGAGUGUUUGUCUAAAGAGAUCCAAGAAGAACUUCAGAGAAUGGAGAAAAUAGCAAACAAAGCUCACCACAACUUUACGUGGUACCGUUGUCCAAACGGCCAUCUUUAUGGAGUUGGGGAUUGUGGAAAUCCUACCCAGAAAGGUCAUUGCUUUGAAUGCCAUGCGGAAAUUGGUUCAGAAUCGGAAAUUAAUCGUAAAGACAAUGUAAGGUAUACUGGGGAUGAUCAAAGUCGCAGAGGUCAUAUUCUUGGGUCACCAACUAACAGAACUUUUGAUGCUGUUUCGGAAAGAAAUCUUUCUCCAAUUUCUAAUGCAGUUCUAAGACUUUUAACACAUCUCUCGAUGUUUAUAGGGGCUAAUUACAAUAUUGAGGAAAUUACAAAAUGUAUUCACCCUACUGUAGACGAGGAUGAUGUUCCUGGAUUUCUUUGGGAUCACAUUCUUGUAGACAUUAGCACAUUGAGGAAAACAUUAGAUCAGGGCUUGGAUGGGGUGUUUAUGCUUCUUCAUGUACUUAUUCAUUCUUUUCUGAAAGAAGAGCCCAUUCUUGCAGUUGCCAUUAGGAAUGAUCAGGACAUACCUCUGCAUAUCUUAAAAACAAAAGAUGGAAGGAAACUUUGGGAAAUGGAAUUUUCAUUGACAUACAUUGUGGAAUUAAUGAAGAGGAGCAAAGAGCUUUUCAAGACAUGCGAAGAUAUCCUUUCUGAGGACACCAGUAUAGUCUCAGAUCCUGUUUUGAGGAAAGUGUUUGAUUUGGAUGAAGCAUCAUGUGAACAGUUUAGAUUUAAUGAAAUGCAGACAUGUGACUUUAUGUGGCAACAUAGAAUAAAAGUUUCUUUUGAACACUUUGUCCAUGAGUUUCACAUGCUGAGAGACAGAAUAGGGCCAGAAGUGGAACGAUUUGCUCUUCUAGACGCAUUCUUAAGACAUGACUGUUACUUAAGAUACCUAAGAUAUAUCCCAGCUGUCGUGAGAAUGCAGAGUGCCUUGAAAGCUAAAUACAGAAAACAGAUUACCAGAGAAGAGGCCAGGUCCCUAACCAUAAGAGAUUGCCUUCAGCAGUGUAGACAAGAUCCAUUCAGCAAAGAGAUCGAAGACGGAGUGGUCUCCAUUUGUGAGCUGUGGAAAUGUUUCCGGAAGUUCUACUUCGACUUUGAUACACUGGAUAUGAACAAAGAUAUUGAAGCACUAUUAGAACGUAAUAUAGAUGUAGAUGUUGAUAAUGUAUCAUUACUUAUCUCUGACACUAGAGGAAGUGGAACAAUUAUCAGUCUUCUUUUUCGCUUCAUGAUUUGGAAGCAAAAUGCAUUUGUGAAAUUGUUUGAAGACUUAACACAGACAAGGACUAGCAAUGUGAAGGAUAUAAGUUUUGACGAUUUGGCAGCGAGCGAUCUUAUUUCAUACCAUCACAAGGCCGACUUGCUUCCUAUUAUCAUAUCAAAUUGCAAUUACACUUAUGCUAAGGAUGAAAGGACAACUUUGGAUUACGAUUUUGACCAUAUUCAAUCAGCUAUUAAAGAUCAAAUAUUGCAAGGAAAACCAAUUCUGAAUGUCAGUGAAUGGAAAUGGCCCUGGAACAACGUAUUUCGAGCUGAUGCCGAUGUGACGAAAUUUGAUACAUUAAAUGCUAGAAUCAAUCAGAAGCCCUUGGAUAGUAUGCUUCAGAGACAGAUAAUUGCUGAUUUCGCUGAUUUACCGGAUAUUUACGAAGCCAUAGAAAAUAUAGACACAGUGGUCAACUUUCUUCUUUCCGUCAGUUGCAGUGGCGAUGAUCUGCUAAGUGAAUUUAUGGAGGAUAUUUUACAAAUGAGUUCGCUUUUAAGUCAAAAGGCCAGUGUUUCUUGUAGACUUCACCACGUCCAGUCCCUCUGGUUUCUGUUUAUGUUUGAAAAGACAAAGAGACUUACCUCAAGUGAAAAGGAUGGCUUUGAAAGUAUUCAUGAAAAUAUCAAAGAACCUUUGACCGAACAGAUGUGUAAAGACCUCAGCUGGUACUUAACAGACUUGUCUACAGAGAAACUGGGUGUAAUCCUGGAACAGUUGUUGGAAUGUAUCUUAUUUACAUUGAAUCAGGGUCAAUGGAACUAUGGUUCUUAUUUACACAGCUUGAGCGAGACGCUUAUGGUUCACUUGGAGGACCCACUCUAUUCUGAGGUUGACUUAAAAACGCUUGGGUUAAAUGAUGUACAACGGUUACCGUCGACCAUUCUAUCUUCCCACUCAGUUGAAGUGUGGAAAAUGAUCAAUUGCACCAUUCAAAGUCGGAAAUGAAGAAAGAUUGCAAAUUACUACAUUUGUACGAAACUCACUUUUCUUAAUAUUUUAUCACACUUUGACACGUUGUACUUUUUUUUUUAUAUAAAUUAUUGUUAUAAAGUGACAACAAUGUAAAACAAGACUUUUCUAUUUUGUGUCUUCCCUUCACUGGAGGGAAACACAGUGCUUUGGUCUUAUUAUUGCCUGAUAAAUUUAUGUUUAUUUCUUUUUAUUCUUUAUACAUGUAUCACUGUAAACAGUUUGU